UAUCUACAGAUCCUCUUCGAUCUGACAAAAGCUGUCGACAACUUCUACGACUACCACAAGAAUUAUCAGCAGACAGUCCUCGACCCUAAGGUCUACAGGACUUAUCUAUUAAAUAUAUUCAGCUAUAUCUGUACGACAAGAAGCCAUUGGGAUUUGUCUCAAAGAACCUUCUGGAACAAGAUUGUCUUCGAGAGCGGCGGCAAACACUUGACGGCAAAGAUUGUCCACAACUCGGGACGCGUUGUCGUCAGCGCCAGUACUCGCGAGACAGCCGUUGUAGAGGUCCUCCUCUGUGAUCGACUUCAUAGUCGAGUAGUUUUUAAGCCGUUGUGUCGCCUGAAGACCACGAAGACUAUCGACCAUUCGGUCAGAAGUUUAUGA